GCUUUUCGGUCGAGUCUGCCAUGUUUUGUCCUAUUUGUCGCGCUUGAACAACGCGUUUAUUGUUUCAAACUGUUAUUUUCUGAAUGUAUUACGGCAUGUGUUUUGUAUACAAAUUGUUCAGAAGAUAGUGCUUUGAUUGUAGUAGUGAAAUUAUAACUUGAUUAGUAAUUUCUGAUACUUGUGAGUGCGAGGGUGUAAUUUGUGUUUCACCGAAAUUUAGAAUCGUCUGCAAGCUCGCUGCGAUUUCUAUAAAGCAAGAUUCUAUUACGAUUUAUGGAAAAAUCGAUGAAAAGUAAUAGUUUAGUUAAGAAUUUGGUCGAUUCUAUGGCGCAACCCACGUGCACAUAAUAUAUCGAGUAUCUCAUGCACAUUUGUUAUUAUUUUGUUUGUGAGCCCGAGCCCGUCACGGUUGCAGACGAAGGAUCGGACCGUUGCAGGGAAAUCGCGUAUUCCGUCUUGCUCGCUCGCGUCGCGUGCUAGCAUUCAUUCAUUGUGGUAUCGGAUUAUUAGACGGUGAUUUCUCGCUGUGCAUUAUUGGUGCAGCGCGAGGAUAAAGCCGUGGUCGGUGCAGCGACAGCGGGCGCUCGGCGCGAGCCCACGUGACGCGUGUUUGGGUGGUAGUCGGGACGGAGCGCGGGCGGCCGCAGUGGCCGCGCAGCGCCGGAGGUGAAUCACCGCUGUAGUUGUCUUGUGGAUCUGUUUACGCGAGUGCAUCUAGUGCGGAAGUGAGGCAUGUGCGGCGCGCGACGUCGCCGAUGACGACCGCAGUGCUUUAAGCUGUGAGCUGUGAUAGUUAUGUCGUUCGGGUUAUGAGUGUGUGACAAAGUUGUAGUGUAAGGACACUGGAGCCCCUAGCCGGAGUUGGGCCCGCCGGGGCGGCCCUAGUGCUUCUCGGGGCUCCGCACGAAGGCAAAAUGGCUGCGUGGAACCGCCACCACCAUUUCAACAUGCUGAUGGACGAGAACGCCAAGAAAUUAGGCGUUGUCGGCGGAGGCAUGCCCGAGGCGGGCGAGAGGCGGCACGGGCCGCUGUACGGCCGGCUGGUGGCAGAGGAGCAGCUCGCCUCCAUGAGCGCGCCUUCGGACAUUCAGGUGAGCGCCACCGCGCGCCCCCGGGCUUUCUGCCGCUACCGUAUUCCCGCCCAGGCUAUGCAAGCCCGAAUACCACACCACUUUCGGGACCCCUCAACAGCACCGUUACGGAAGCUAAGCGUGGAUCUCAUCAAAACGUAUAAACAUAUAAACGAGGUAUAUUACGCGAAAAAGAAGCGGAGAGCGCAACAGUACCUGGGCGAGGACGGCUCGCACAAGAAGGAGCGGAAGUUGUACAACGACGGGUACGACGACGACAACCACGACUACAUCAUCAAGCAGGGCGAGAAGUUCCUCGACCGGUACGAGAUCUCCUCACCCAUAGGGAAGGGAUCUUUUGGACAGGUUGUGAAAGCGUAUGAUCACGAGGAGCAGUGUCAAGUAGCGAUUAAAAUAAUUAAGAAUAAGAAACCCUUCCUAAAUCAGGCACAAAUAGAAGUCAAGUUACUAGAAAUGAUGAACAGAGCAGAUGCUGAAAAUAAGUAUUAUAUAGUGAAACUGAAACGUCACUUCAUGUGGCGGAACCACCUGUGCCUAGUAUUCGAGCUACUCUCGUACAACCUCUACGACCUGCUGCGGAACACCAACUUUCGCGGCGUAUCGCUCAACCUCACGCGGAAAUUCGCGCAACAGCUGUGCACAGCGCUACUCUUCCUUAGUCAACCUGAACUAAAUAUAAUUCACUGUGAUCUUAAGCCCGAAAAUAUACUAUUAUGCAAUCCUAAAAGGUCAGCCAUUAAGAUAGUAGACUUCGGAAGUUCGUGUCAACUAGGCCAAAGGAUAUACCAAUACAUCCAGUCAAGGUUCUACCGAUCACCGGAGGUCCUACUGGGCAUACCUUACGACCUCGCGAUAGACAUGUGGUCGCUGGGCUGCAUACUCGUGGAGAUGCAUACGGGCGAACCAUUGUUCAGCGGAGCCAACGAGAUUGACCAGAUGAACAAAAUCGUUGAGGUGCUGGGUAUGCCGCCGGAUCACUUAUUAGAUCAGGCUCAUAAAACCAGAAAAUUCUUCGACAAACUACCAGCGUCAGAAGGUGGCGGUUAUGUUUUGAAGAAAGUCAACGGGAAAGAUGGGAGGAAGUACCGCGCGGCGGGCACGCGGCGGCUGCACGACAUCCUCGGCGUGGAGGGCGGCGGGCCCGCGGCGCGGCGGCGCGGCGAGCCCGGACACUCCGUCUCGGACUAUCUUAAGUUUAAGGACCUAAUUCUCCGUAUGCUAGAGUACGACCCCAAGCAGCGCGUGACGCCGUACUACGCGCUGCAACACAACUUCUUCAAGCGCACCGCGGACGAGGCCACCAACACGCAGCAGGCGCAACAGCACCACCAGCACGUGGGAGUGGGCGUGGGGUUGGGCGGCGCGCUGGUGUGGGGCGCGCCGGGCCUGGCGCCCGCGCCCGCGCCCGAGCGCAUGGACGUGGAGCGCGCGCCCGACGACCUGCACGCGCCGCGCCGCAGCCCCGUCGCCAUCCACUAG